UUAAUUAACAUAGCGUUUUAAUGAUGGGUACCAGUUUUAGCCAUUUUUAUAUCAUAAAUUUUCAAUGAAUUAAUUACCUAUCAGCUUAACGAUUACGUUUUAAUCAGUAAUGAGCUUUAUUAACGUAUGCCGUGAAUCUUUUGCAGAAAUAUCUAUUUGACAUUUAAACACGAUGUCGAAAAUAACAUAAUAUUAAAUGAUGAAGAUAAUAUCAAACUGGACAAUUAAUUACAUUACCCAAUGUUCAUUAGUUGUAAAAGUAAUUUAUUCAAAAUUGUUAAUUUCGUACGAUGAAACGUCCCAACGAAGGUCAAAAGUGAAAUCAAAAGCGUUCAAAAAAAAAGUCGACGGCAUUGCUUUAUGUUUCAGCAGAAACAUAACGAAAAAGAUAACAGUGCUUACUUCAGUUGGGUUACAUAUUAAAAUGUAUAAUGAAAUCCGAAGUGUAACAAGACCAUGGAUCAGUGAUAAUAAACAUUUAAGAAUUCAUUUUUGGACUUUACGCAUAUACAUAUACAUUUAUGUAUACCAUGUAUCUUGUUUACUUGUAAUUAUAAUUAAAUAAAUUAAAUAAAAUUUACUUACAGAAACAGUAAUGUGUACGUUACCGCGAUUGACCAACAUGCUCAAGACCAUAACAAUGUUUCUGUUCUAAAUGUGUAAUAAUUAAAUGUACAUAUUCUUAGUUGCAAUGUUAACCGACAAACUUCUCUUGUCUUAUUUCAUUUACCACUAUAACCGGAGAUGUCAAUGAUCUACACAGAACGAGGAGUUUACUGCAUUUUUCCAUUUCGUAGAGCAGACUUGAGAUGAUGAUCCAAUCUGAAAUGAUAACAAUAUGAAAAAUAUAAGCUCAAUAAUAUAGUUUUUAAUGUAUAUACAUUGGCGUGGGAGAUUUGGGAGUAAUUUUAUACUUAUUUUUCUUAUAAUAAAAACAGAUCUAAGCCUCAAUUAGACAGCUAAUUAGACCUAUAAAAACAGUAUAGAAUUUCGAAGUUUUAAACAAAAUAAAAAGUGAAAUUAUGUUUUGUCUGCAGAGCAUUAUUUGCUAAUUUGAAUUCAUCUUAAAUUUACUUUUAUGAACAUGUAAAGAAUACAUUAUAUGUACUAUAGAAAUUGGAAAACAAAUUCAAUUGAACAUGUUGUAAUGAAAUAUGACU